ACGCAGAGAGGAAGGGAAAGAGCUGGACGUCUGGGGUGGCUUCGCGUUCUUUCCGGUGGUUUCUAGAUUGCAGGAACCUCCUCCUGUCAGAGAGGGCUUUCGACUUCCUGUGGCAACUGCUGCUCUCGUCGUUGCUGCGAGCCGAGUGAAACGAAUGGGAGACCUCUGGGGAACAGGGGCUGGGGUUUGCCCCAAUGAGAGAAGCUACUCGGGGACGUCUGAGCCCGGACAAGUAGCGCUGACAGGAGAACAAGACGAGUCUAAACAGGGAUCUGUGCUCUUUCUUGGUGGCAAUGAAAUAAAGAGCAGUGCUGUUGUAAAAUAUUCAUCUGCACCACCGCAAGCAGCGUUUGCCCGUCUUCAAGAAAAGACUGAUCUGAAACUUCCACCUGCUAACUGGUUACGUGAAAGUGCAAAACUAGGACCAGCGGGGGCAACUAUUCUUGGCAACAGCAAGAAAAGCAAACCAUUUUCAAGCUUUGGCAUGGCAUAUGAUUUUAUCGACUCAGUUGGAAAUGAUGUGGAUGUUGUAUCCGAUUCUGAGAAUAUUAAAAAGCUCCUCAAGAUACCUUACAGCAAAUCACAUGUCAGCAUGGCAGUACAUCGAAUUGGGAGAACACUUCUUUUGGAUGAUUUAGAUAUUCAAGAACUCUUUAUGAGAUCAUCACAGACUGGCGACUGGACAUGGCUGAAAGAAUUCUAUCAGAGAUUAAUAGAUCAGAAGUGGCAACGAAAAAAGAAGAGCAAAGAACAUUGGUACCACAAAGCUAUACUUUCCAAAUUUUUAUAUUACAGUAUCAAUGGUGAUGAAGCUGCUCAACCUGUUCCUAGUUCCAAAGAGCAAAAUCAGGAAGGAACAACAGAAGAUGAAACUGAUGCACCUAGCAGAGUUUCUUGGCCAGCCCCUUUUGAAAUGCCCUCCUCCCUUUCUGAAGAUGCAGGUGCUUCUAAUCAGGGAAGUGUACCUCUUGAACCCUCAUGUGUAGUGGGGCAUGUGGCCUCAGCCCCCAAAGAACAAAACCUAACUACUUUGUUCAGUGACGGGGAAAGCAGUCAGGGUCUUAAAAAUGACUUUGUUCGGAACAUCUUAUGGACAUUUGAAGAUAUUCACAUGUUGGUAGGUUCAAAUAUGCCUAUAUUUGGAGGAGGAAGAUACCCCGCUGUCAGCUUGCGUCUCAGGGAUAACAAUAAGCCAAUUAAUGUGCUAACAGGCAUUGAUUAUUGGCUGGACAACUUGAUCUGCAAUGUUCCAGAACUUGUUAUGUGUUUCCAUGUCAAUGGAAUUGUUCAGAAAUAUGAAAUGAUUAAGACAGAAGAUAUACCCAAUUUGGAGAACUCCAAUUUCUCUACUAAAGUUAUAAAAGAUAUUGCUCAAAAUAUUUUAUCUUUUCUGAAAUCGAAUUGUACAAAAGAAGGACAUACAUACUGGCUAUUUAAAGCAAGUGGAAGUGAUAUAGUGAAGUUGUAUGAUCUCACCACUCUCUGUGAAGAAACGGAAGAUAAAUACCAAAACCCUUUCACAAUGCCAGUAGCAAUUCUUCUCUACAAAGUUGCAUGCAAUAUGAUGUUGAAAAAAACUCAAAACAGGAAACAUUAUGGUACUAUUAGAACUUUACUCCUUAACUGCGUAAAAUUAUUGGACAAGGGCAGGCAUCCUCAGAUUAUUGCUUCAGCAAAUUACAUGCUCUCAGAACUGUUCCAAUUAGAUGAGCCAAAAAAAGAAGAAAGCAGUGAAUUCCCUUUAAAUGGCAACUCUGAUGAAAGUUAUAGUGAAGAAGAAGAAGAAAUGCCUGAUAGUGAUGAAAAUGGAUUGUAUAGUACCAGCUCAGAUCUUCCAGAUGACAACAAAGCAGUUGCUAUAAUCAAAUCCGUUGGAGAAUUGUCAGUACCUGAAAAAUACAAAUCUACUCAUCAAAUACGUCCUAGCUGUGCAUUUCCUGUUUGCCAUGACACUGAAGAACGAUGCAGAUUAGUACUCAGCUAUGUUCUUGAAGGCUUAAAAUCAGUUGACACUAGCAUCAAGAAAGAAAGUGAUCUACCUGCAGCAGACCCCAAUAUACCUAUCCCUUUAAAAUAUGAAGAUGAAUCAUCAACUGUUGGUCCUGAGUGUCUUGAAAAACAGAUGGCCUUGUUUUUAGGCAAGAUGGGGUCAUUUCAGGAAGUUAAACGUUCUAGUCAGUCAGGAAUGAUCCCUGGAUCCUGGCAAUAUAAAAUGAAACUUCAGCUGAUUUUAAAAUCUUCAAAGGCUUACUAUGUUCUUUCCGAUGCUGCUGUGAGUCUUCAGAAAUAUGGGAGAGCAUUACGGUACAUAAGAUUAGCUUUACAGUGUCAUGAUGCAUAUUGCUGCCUCUUCAUGAACAUCCUUUCUGAAGUACUCCUGUUUCUUUGUCAGAGUUUAACUCUUUGUGGUGAUAUUCAAUUAAUGCUGGCCCAGAAUGCAAACAAUAGAGCUGCAUAUCUUGAAGAAUAUAACUUUCAAACAAAAGAAGAUCAGGAAAUACUGCAUAGCCUUCAUCGAGAGUCCAGCUGUCAAGUAUUUUCUUGGGCUACUGACUGGUCUACCGAUUUGGAAUGCCAACUUUCAGUCAGCUGCAAAUGUUAUGAGGCAGCUCAUGAAAUUUUGCUUUUUAGUAAUUUAAAAGAGCAGAAUCCAGAGCAAUAUACACAAGUGGUGAAGAGAAUGGGCAAUAUUCAAAAUGAAAUUGGAGUAUUUUAUAUGAACCAAGCUGCUGCUUUACAAAGCGAAAGAGUAGAGAGCAAAAUGGUAUCUUCAGCAGAACAGCAACUUUGGAAGAAAAGUUUUUCUUUUUUUGAAAAAGGGAUUCAAAACUUUGAAUCUAUUGAUGAUUCAACCAAUGCUGCUCUUCUCUUGUGUAACAUGGGAAGAUUGAUGCGGAUUUGCGCACAUGCUCACUGUGCCCUGGGUGAAGACUUCAAAAGAGAAUUUUCUCCUGAGGAGGCCCUUUAUUAUAAUAAGGCUGUUGAUUAUUAUCUGAAGGCCUUAAGAUCAUUGAGCAAAAGAGAAGUCCAUCCAGCUGUCUGGGAUUCUGUCAACUGGGAACUGUCCACUACGUAUUUUACCAUGGCAACUCUGCUGCAAGAUUAUGCACCGUUAUCUAGGAAAGCUCAAGAACAGAUAGAAAAAGAAGUUAGCGAGUCAAUGAUGAAAUCUUUGAAAUACUGUGAUGUCGAGAUAGUGACUACAAGGCAACCUCUUUGCCAGUACCGAGCAGCCACAAUUCACCACAGGUUGGCUUCCAUGUAUCACAGCUGUUUGAGAAAUCAGGUUGGUGAUGAACAUCAGCGUAAACAGCACAGGAUACUGGUUGAUCUUCAUUACAGUAAAGCUGUGAAGUUUUUUCAGCUCUUGAAGGAUGCACCAUGUGAACUUCUCCGUGUCCAACUGGAAAGAGUGGCAUUUGCUGAAUUUCAGAUGGCAAGUCAGAAUAGCAGCACUGGAAAACUAAAGACUUUGUCUGGGGCCUUGGAUAUAAUGAUUCAGAGUCGGUCUGUUUUUCAAUCUAUCAGGAAAGAGCUUGGUGCUGAAUGUGAACAGAAAUGUGCUGAUGACUCAAACAAUGCUGAGAGAGUUCCUGUUGAAGACCCAUCUACUAACCUUAAUAAGGAAGAAGUAUUAAAGCUCCUUGAUAUAUUUGAAUCUCGAUUGUCUUUUCUUCUUCUUCAGUUCAUCAAGUUGCUUUCAUCAACCAAAAAGAAAGUUAGCAGUAAAGAUGAAGAAAAUCUUAAGGUGAAUAAGUAUGCUUACUCACUUCUCUUGCGGUCAGCAGCAAACAAAAACCUAACUUUGCUGGAAAGAACAGAAGUUAUUUUAAACAUACUGGAACAGCUGACUCAGGACAGUGAAAGAAAUAAUCUGGGAAUUCAGUGAUCCACCUUAAUGCUGGCAUACUGCAUUGUGGUAAAUCAGUGCCUUGUUCAAAAUGGAAUGUGUGUUUCUGUCCAAUAUGGACGGCUUGAUUUUAUUUAUGUUGUUGCAUAUUUAAGAUUGUACAGCUGGAAAAAUAAACCUUGAUCACUAUUCUUUGAAUGCCGUUAAAGUUUUCUUUGUCCAUACAUUUCAAGUGGUAAAAUGAAAUGUACAAUUACUUGAACUGUAACGUGCUAUAAUGUUGCAAAUAAUCUAUUACAGUAGAACAGAACUCAACUGUUUUUAAACAUCUUUUAUGCAAAAUCUCCUUUGAAAGGUAUCUGCCACUGCUGAUAAAUAAAAUCACCUGAUUUUAUAUACAUAUACAGACAUUGUUGCUGCACCCAUACUUUUCCAGAGAUGUCCUUUUUGCAUCAGUGAGACAUUUGGAAUAGUCAUAAGGAACUAUUUUGCAUCUCAGCCACUUCUUUUUUUAGAAAUGUGAAUAAAGUUGUAUAUUAAAAAGUGUUUUAUUGAAAAUGAGUCCUAUAGGCUAAUAUUUUAUUAUUUUUGUUUUGUGUUCCUGUUCCCUACUCCUUCCAAAAGCAGAAUUUCUAUCUUACAGAGUUAGCAAUGAUAGCAUUUAUUGCAACCUAAUGGCACCUUAGAUACUUUGUCUAGGGUAUUUUGGUCUGUAGAUGUUUUGGACUAGUAGGUACCUCUGAAAUUUUCAGUGUCACAGAUGCCUCACUAAAAGCUUCCCAUGGCUAAUUAUAGUUUGUCAGGCAUACAUGCUAAAAUGUAAAUUUGUUCAUGAACCUAAAUAAACGGCAGAGGUAGGACAGCUGUCUAAGCUGAAAAAGACAAACCUGUUUACCAUGAGGAGGUUAUUUAAUUAACAGUUGCUUUCAUUUGUCUUGGAAUGGAUGAAGUUCACAUGUUAAAAUGAUGAAAGUAAUAUUAUGAAUAUAUUUACCAGCACAACUCUUGCAGCACACACCCUGUGUGUCCCUGAGGUGACUGUUUCAAAUUUCUGUUGUAAAGGUCUGGUCAUUACAAUUCUGCCAUUAGCAAUUCAGCAUAUGCAAGCCGGAUAUUGUGUGGUCUCUUUUCUGUCAUAUCCAUGGUUUUAGAGAUUAAACAUCCAAUAUUUUCUGUCAUUUUGAAGAUAAGCCUGCCAUUUUUUUACCAAGCACUUUCACUCAUUUUCUUCUCCAUAAUGCCAAGUUUCUAUGUAUUUUGUCAGCAUAUACUCAUGCCUGCCUUUCGCUCUUUCUUUCUCAGUCUUAAUUUCCCAUCUGCUGCCCCCGACCAAUGUUUAGGUUGCUUGAUCACUUUUUACUGUCUUUUUGUCAUCACCCAAGCAGCUCUUUUUUCUUUUUUAAAGAAGCGUUUCAGCAAAUUGCUAGAAAAUAUUUUUAGAGGAGUGUCUCUAGACCAUGUUUCAACCAGAAACAUUAUAGGAAGUAAAGAGGGUGGGGCAGCUGAAAGCUGAAGCUCUGCAGCUUUUUACUGUCCAUGUUUUAAAAAUAUUUUUAAGUGCAAAAAACAAGAUAAUUGUUUAAAUAGCAAUGUUAAUGGAAUGCUAGCUAAAAAAUGGAGGUGACUAGAGGUAUGUCACCAACCAUAAGUCCUGAGCAGAUAUGAGCAAUUUGGCUUCUGUAUAGUUAUUUAGUCUACUUUUGUGGCUCCCUGACUCCACUUCUAUUUUAAUAUUUAAAACAGAUAUAUUAAACUUUGGAGGCUAAGCAUACAUUUUUUGUAGCCCCACCCAAAUUCUCCAACUAAGAAAAAUACCAAAAAAUUCACCCAUCCCAUUCCAGUGUCACUAACCAAGCCUCUGUCUCAAAAAAUUAACCUCCAGAGUGGGGGGGGAAUGCUCACCUCUGCUCAAGGAGGUUGUGACAUAGUCAAGGUAUUAUAGCUUGGUUUUUUUAAAAAUAGAAACCGUAAUCAUAUUAUCCCUGGGAAUUAUUGCCUCAUUGCUUAAUCAAAUAUUUUAUACAACCUUUACAUCUGCUCAUUUUUCUCUUUCCUUGGGCCAACUUCUUGUAUCAUUUUGCCCUCUUCUGAAUGCAUCCUAUACAAAAUUUUAAAAAUGAUCUUGAGAUGUCACUAUAUAUCUCAGUGUGGUUCAGAAAGAUUUGACAGAACUCCUAAUCUUAGCUCUGAGGUCUUACUCUGAAUCCUAGUUAACUCAUUGCCCUGAGUCCUAAUUUGCAUUCUGCUAACUGUUCCUCUGCUCCUGGGGGCUAGAGAAUACCUUGGACAGCCAUCAACAGAGUAUUUGGGAGAAAUCGCCCCCUUUCUUAUGUGAUUGAAGGGA